AUGGUGAUAGGCUACUGGGUAUUUUACUCCAGAAGAAUAAAUAGUGUGCCAUCUACAACAAUUCAUACAGCUUAUAAGAUGAUAGUUGAAAAUGCAGACUAUGAUCUUUGUGAGGCUAGUAGGAGACAACUGUUUCUAAAUUUGCAAUCUAUCAAGAAGGAUAGCAGUCUAAAGUUCAAGUAUGGACAACAAUUGAAGAAGAUGAGCAUGAGAAUGGGAUUGCCUAAAGAUGUGGAUACAGUUGAUAUAUUUGGAGACAACACUGUACCAAAUAUGGAACCUCCUGAAAUCAUUGAUACACAGAUUACUUUAGUUGAGAAACCGACAACUCAACCAAAAAUGGACAAUCCACCGGCAAUAAAAACACCAGAAAAACCCCAAUCCCUAGCGGUCUUACAAGGUACUCAGAAGGAUUCUAUGGAAAAUGUUGUCACACAGACUUCUGAACAGGAAGCAGAGAAAAAUCUAGAGAAAGCAAUCAUUAAGGUUACAUCCUUUGAACCAGCAAAGUCAUUAGUCACUCCACAGACUUAUGAGGAUGAUGAUAAUUCAUUAGGCAUUUCAGGGCCUAUCAUUGUUGACAACAUGAGUCCUUUUUUGGAGGGACGCGCAGCCCGGCGACCACCGCCGCAGGCGGUCACCACCGGCCGCGGCCCGGUCUCCACCGCCGCGCCGCCGGCACAGCCCCCGCCCGAGUGCCGCUCGGCCCCAGCCCGCUCGCCACCUACGACCACCCCGCGCGCCGCCGCCGCCCCUGCGCCACCAGCCCCAGCGCUAGCCCCUGCGCGCAGCCUUUUUUGGAGGGACGCGCAGCCCGGCGACCACCGCCGCAGGCGGUCACCACCGGCCGCGGCCCGGUCUCCACCGCCGCGCCGCCGGCACAGCCCCCGCCCGAGUGCCGCUCGGCCCCAGCCCGCUCGCCACCUACGACCACCCCGCGCGCCGCCGCCGCCCCUGCGCCACCAGCCCCAGCGCUAG